CUUGAUGAAUUGAGAGCAAAACCCACCUUAAACCCACCGAGUUCCUUCUCCACCGGAAAGAGCUCAGCCACAGUUUUUAGCAUUAGUAACUGAUCAAUUCAUCGAGAGAUUCGAGUCCCCCCUUUGUGUGCUUGCUUAUCUCUAAAGUUGUGUCCUUUUUAACAGUGUGGCGACUACAUUGUAAUGAACUGCUUGUCUCAUGCGCGUUCAUACAUUUCCUUGGGGAUACUUAAGAGAUCUAGCUAUGUCACUUCUCAAAUUCCAUGGAACCAAUGCUUCUUCCAUACGCCUUCAAAAUCCUGUUUAAAGCCUGCCUUUGGACUAUCUAAAGUUCAUUUCUUUUCCUCGAGAUCAAAGUCUGGUAAAUCCAAGAUGUCUUCUUCAACCGUUGUUUCUGUUGCGGAUAAAGAAAAGGACGCGUUUUUCGUUGUUCGGAAGGGUGAUGUUAUUGGAAUUUACAAGGAUUUGAGUGAUUGUCAAGCUCAAGUUGGAUCUUCUGUGUUUGAUCCUCCGGUUAGUGUUUAUAAAGGAUACUCGUUGCCGAAAGACGCAGAGGAGUAUCUUUCUUCUGUUGGGAUGAAGAAACCACUCUACAGUAUUAGAGCUUCAGACUUGAAAGAUGAUAUCUUUGGUGCUCUCACGCCAUGUCUUUUUCAGGAGCCUAAUGUCAAAGUAUCUGAAGAAAAAGAUACCUCAGAGAUGAAGUCGAAAGAUAGAAUUCAAGACAACGAAACAGAUCAGCUUCCAUCAGCUUCUAUGUCAGUUGAAUCUUUGGAAAAGCUUGCUAAUAAUUCCUUAGAAGAAACUUGCUUUAUUGAAUUUGAUGGUGCAUCAAAGGGAAAUCCCGGUCUCUCUGGCGCAGCAGCGGUACUGAAAACUGAGGACGGAAGCUUGAUUUGUAGACUGCGUCAAGGUUUAGGAAUUGCCACAAACAAUGCAGCAGAAUACCGUGCGUUAAUCCUAGGAUUGAAGUAUGCUGUUGAGAAAGGUUACAAGAAAAUUAAAGUGAAAGGUGACUCCAAGCUGGUGUGUAUGCAGAUCAAAGGUAAAUGGAAGGUAAACCAUGAGGUACUCGCGAAGCUCCACAAGGAAGCAAAACAACUUUGCGAUAAAUGUGUCUCUUUCGAGAUCAGUCAUGUACUAAGGAAUUUGAACGCUGAUGCGGAUGAACAAGCAAACUUGGCUGUCCGCCUUCCCGAAGGAGAAGUUGAAGUGGCGUGAAGAGCUUAUAAUACUUAUUAUCAGUGAACGCAUAUAGAGAGCUUUGGGUUUGUUGUUCUACACCCCACAUACAGAUCUAAACAGCUUGAGGAAAAGUAUACAUUGUUCAUUUGAAAACGGCAUCUUAGUUUGGGUUAAAAAUCUCUGUUGUCUUGCAGUUACACUAGCCACUAGAAACUGAUGUUGAACCAGAAUCAGCAGAGAGAGGUCUAUGGAAACAGUCUCGGAGCACCCAGAGAACAGCAGAAACUGACACAUCCAUCAUUUUUCUUCAGUAGAUGCUUUUUUUGCCAUCGUUCUAACUUUUUUCUUAAGCUUUGCUCCCUCAUUCUUACAAAUAUAAGCACUAGCACAGUUCUUAUAUUCAGAUUCUUUUUGUA